AUGUGGAAGCUGCAGCUCGUUUCCACGCGGCGGUCGCUUUGCUCUCUCGCCACGCUGCUGCUGGUAUGCCUGCUUGCACUUGUUGGUGCAGUUGCAGCGUCGAUGCAGACCAUCGAUGCGGACGAGUACAUUCGUCUGCACAAUGCCCCCCCUACAACCAGCAAAGACAGCUCGAAUCGGACCGUGCUGGCGUACAUCACGCCAUGGAAUUCCGAAGGCGCUGCGAUGGUCGAUGCGCACGCGCACAAGAUCGACUUGGUCUCGCCCGUGUGGUACACGGUGCUGGUCGCACCCACCAACUCCACCACGCCAGACGCCACAUACAUCCUUAGCGGUGGACCACCCGGUAAAACAGAAGAGACGUGGCUCGCUGAAAGGCUGUACCAGCCCUGGCCGCGACCUCGCAUCGUGCCUCGAUUCUACCUCGAUGGAUGGCAGCAAAAGGACUACGCAGACCUCCUCUCCGCCCCGUCGAACUGGCACCGGCUCGCCGAGCUCAUCGCCACCGAAGUGCACACGCGCAACUACGGCGGCGUGGUCUUCGAAUCCGCUGCGACCCAUCUACUCUUCGAGCCGAUCUCAACCCUCAACUCUGCACUGAAGCGGGAGGAUAAGAGUCUGACCGUGGUCAUGCAGCCCGUACGCACGCCGUACUCGAUUGGAGCCAAGGUGGAUCGCAUGCAAGACAGUCAGAACCGCAUGAUUGUUCAGUCCAUUCCACAGCUCGCUGCAGUCGUGGACUUCUUCUCCAUUAUGACGUACGAUAUGUCCUCCGCCAGUGGGCGCAUCAGCUCGUUUGAGGGCAAGGAUUUUGCCGACGACAGUCCCCUGCGCGGUGCGAAGAGGGGAAGCCUUAGACAGCCUGGACCCAACACCAGCCCGCGGUGGAUCAAGCAGAAUGUUGAUCUGGUUCUCACCGCCACUCGAACCGCAUUCAAAGCCAGUCUCAACCCAAAGAACGACGAUGCGGACGAGGAGGAGAGGACGGAAGCGAGGUUGAAAGAUCCUAGCAAUCCGUUUUUGUAUUCGGAUUUCGCGGCUACAGAGGAGCUGAUCGAGGACGAGGAGAGGGAUGAAUUGGCUGCUGUGCGCGGCAAGCUGUUGAUGGGCAUGCCCAUGUAUGGAUACCGCUAUCCAUUGUUCUGGAUCGACUCGACAGGUCAAGGUGUCCCCGUUCCUCCACCCAGCACACCGCGCGAAGCGGAACACUUGCACGAGCGCAGUGCACCAUCGGCCUCGAACAGGGUCGUCCCCUUCCUGCGCGGGCCGGGAGAAGCAGUGACAAUGCAGGGUAUCAUCGAUACUAUCUCCGACCACACAGGCGUGAUUGUCAAUCCAGACCAAACGCACGCAGAGGGAUGGUUCGACUACACCCAGAUCAUCACCAAACACGAUGCAAUCCCCGGCGCAAAGGAGGGCGACCACCUUUAUUGGCGUCUCUACCUCCCCCUUCCGCACUCGACGCGCGCCAGGACAAACGCACUGAAAGAACUCGAGGAUGCAAACCCCGGUCUCAGCCUAGGCGUCUCGCUCUGGGAGCUUGGCCAGGCUAGUCCUCUCCUUCUCAACCCGCUCUAG